AUCGUUUUCGAGGCCCAGGCCCAGGCCCAUCUACCCCCGAAGGCACGCGCACCGGAAGGAAGAAGCGCAGCCGCGCCGCGCAGACAACACCACCCUACUCCAGCGUCGACGCCGUCACGCCGCCAGCCCGCCGUCCCUGAGCAAUGGAGUCGAGGAAGCCGCAGCGCUCCGCUCUCGUCGACAGCUAUGUGGUCCCCGGCGACGUCAUCCUGGACCUCGCCGAUAUGACCAACCAGACUAUCAAGCUCGGCGCCGGUCUGCGCCAGGAUUGUGACACUAUCCAGGCAACUAGUGCUGGGAGGCUUCGACUGUCCAAGCCCAACAAGUACUGGGUGGAGAACUCCCAGAAGAGGUAUGUACCUUCUGUAGAAGAUACGGUUCUUGGUAUUGUAGUUGACACCAAACCAGAUAACUUCUUGGUGGACAUAAAGGGGCCUAAUUUGGCCUUUUUACCAGUUCUUUCAUUUGAAGGUGGUACAAGGAGGAACAUACCGAAGUUUGAGAUUGGUACAUUAAUAUAUGCCAGAGUGGUGAAAGCAAAUAGCAUUAUGAACCCAGAGCUUUCAUGCAUGGAUGCAAGUGGAAAAGCUGCUGAAUUUGGUCAACUGAAAAGUGGUUAUACGUUUGAAACAUCAACUGGCCUGGCAAGAAUGCUUUUAAGUUCCCCAACAUGUCCACUUCUAGAGGCCCUUGGGAAAAAAUUAUCAUUUGAGAUAGCUGUUGGACUGAAUGGUCGAGUAUGGGUGAAUGCUCCUUCGCCAAGUAAUGUCAUUGUUGUAUCAAGUGCAAUUAAAGAAUCAGAAUCUUAUAGUCGCUUACAACAAAAAAGCAUGGUGGAAAAACUCCUGGCUAAACUGUCAUGAUGGGAGCAGGACAUAAUCAGGUACUGUAAAAGGAUUCUGAAUUAUUGUUUGUCAAACGCCGCAGAUGAUUCUGCAACCGGAAAGAUGGCUAGUCACUAUCAUGCACCUUAGCAAGGAAUAGUAGAUGGGAUGGCAUGUAAAAUAGACGCGUUAAAGUGGUUGCUGCUUUUUGAUGAUGCAGGGGCUAAAGCAACCGGUUGAUUGCUAAACAUUCUAAAUCACCGUGUGGAUGUUGUCCUUGCGGAUACAUGGUUUCUUAGCUUUGUAAUAUGCUACUGUAAGAGAUUUGCACAAGGCUGCGUGUGCUGCUCUACUGAAAGAUGAUUGAUGGAUAUUACUCCUAUAUUUUAUAAAUUUAUUUAAUAGCGUGUGAAACUAUCA